AUGUUUGGACUCCGACCCUGGCCAACACCGAUACUUAGGCCUAUGUGGCCCUUCUUCGCAGCCACCAUCAUCACCACCUAUGGCAUUGUUAAGAUGCAGAACUCGCUUGUUGGUGUGGAACCUCACGCCUCAAAUCCCAAAAACCCCUACGCUGCGAAAGUUGCCGCUGAGAAGGCUCAUCACUAG